AUGUCGAAUCUUUUAGUAGACUUCGAAACAAAGCAAUCUUCCUUAGGUUCAGAAAACGAGGUUCACCCGAAGAAACGAAAGUCAAAAUCACCCAUCACUCAAACAAAGAAGCAAAAAGUGCCGAAUGUUGAUGUUGAAAGUACUUUAAACGCGAAUGAAGAUGAGUCGCUGGAAGAUAUAGCCAAACAAUAUAAGAAAUUCAUCAAUGCACCUAAGUUCAACUUAAAUAGUGAAGAAGUGUUUUGUGUCUGUAGAAAGCCUGACUACGGAGAGGAUAUGAUGAUAUCAUGCGAUGGUUGUGACGAGUGGUUCCAUUUCGCAUGUAUGAAGCUUGAUCUGAAAUACUCGAAGUUAAUAAGCAAGUUCUACUGCAAAUUUUGCAAAUGGAAUGGUCUUGGGUCUACUUUGUGGAAACGCAAAUGCAGGUUAAAGGAUUGUUUGGAACCUAUAGGGCUGGACAUGAGAUCCAAGUACUGCUGUGAGGAGCAUGGAAUUUUAUAUAUGAAGCAAGUUUUGACUGAAAGAAAUAGGACGAAAUAUGAUUUACAAAACAGUGAGAUAAAAGGAAUUUUGGAUUACUCUAAGGGCGACUAUAAAAUGUUUACACAUCUUGGAAGCGUGUUUCCUGAAUUGCCAGAAGUGGUUGAGUAUCUGAAGGACAACAGCAAAUUAGAAAGGUUUCCUUCAAACAUUAGAGAUAGCUUGAUAUCAAUUAACUCUAAAAUUCAAAAAUCAAGGUCAAGUAUAGCAGAGUUUGAGUUGAAGCUCAGAUAUUUAAGUCGAAUAAAGGAAAAGAUCAAAAUAAUUAAUGAAAGGAUAUUCGAAAGACUGCAAUCAGAAGGACGUGACAUGGUUACAAAGAGACCCUCUCAGGAGCCUAAAUCCAAGUCAAAGACCUCUGACUUGUGUUGCUAUGACAAGUCGCUCUUAGGUUUGGAUGCCAAAGAUUCUGAACUCACACGACUAGUUGAGUCUAAUGACAUUAACGAUGACUUUAAUGAGGACAUCAGCGAGCUAGUGGAGUUUUAUGUGACUAGCCACGAGGUGGAAAGUUCCUCCCAAUUUUAUAAAGAUGGAAUCUGCAUUCAUGAUAGGAAGAAAUGUAUAAGGCAUAAAGGAUGGUGGAAUUUAGUAAACGACGAACUUAAUAAGACUUUAAAUGAUCUCUAUGAUGACCUUAGAAAAUUUGAAAGCGAAAAGACGUCUAUUUUGAGAAAAUACUCAAUAGAUAUCUACGAAUCUACUGGAUCAUAA